AUGGCACUGACCUCAGAUACAGCUCUUGGAGAACUUUGUACUGCCCGAUCUUCUGUUCGAGCGGGCCGCCAGCUCCUCCGCGACUUGCCCCCCGUGCUGGUGCAGGCCACCACCCCGAGCUCCCCGCUCCCCGUUGCGCCUGCCCCGGUCGGCUCCGGCUUCCCGCCGGCUCCCGCGCCUCGCUCCCGCGCGGCCCUGGGCUCGUCCCGGCGUCCUCCGCCGGGUGCCUGCGUGCUCGGCCUCGCCCGGCCGCCCCGCGCCCCGGCGGCGCAUCCGGGUCCGCCCCGCGCCGAGUCCGGCCACUCCCGAGUCGCCCACGCCGGGUCCGGCCCUCCAUCCGCUGCACCGGCUCCCGGCGCCAGCUGCUCCCCUGCUACUGGCUCCCCCGCGCCUCCGCCAUCUUCGCGGCGGCCCCUGGCCGGCUCCACCCUCACCACGGCUGCCUCCCCCGUGUGCCUCGCCCCGCCGCACCAGCCGGCCGCGGCCCCAGGCCGACUCCGCCGACCGUCGGCUCGCCUCCGCCGAGUCGCGCGUGCCGGCUCCGUCUUCUCCAACCCCGCCGCACCAGCCGGCCGCGGCCCCGGGCCGACUCCGCCGACCGCCGGCUCCGCCUCCGCCGAGUCGCGCGUGCCAGCUCCGUCUUCUCCAACCCGGCCGACCUCAGCGCCCGCCGGCUUGCUGCUCCAACCAGCCGCCGGCUUCAUCCUGCCCCGCGCCGAGUCGCUGCGCCUGGUUCCCGCCCCGCGGCCGGCUUCACCCGCGCCUAGCCGCCGGGUUACUGGCGCCCCCGCCGCCGGCUUCAUCCUGCUCCGGCCGGCUCGUCGCGCACCGGUUGCCGCCUCCCCUGGCACCGGCUUCACCCGCGCCUAG